UUAGCUUUUAGCGUGCAGGCCGGCGCACGUUGAUGACGACAUGUCGGCGACUAAAAAAUAUAUAUAUCUAGUUAGUUGCGAAACCGUCACAUUUUGUCAGGUUUAACCACACAGUCCGUGUUUUACUGAAGGAAAUGUCUUCCGUGUGUGGAACUAGCAAUGGUUUCCAAGACGCAGGCCAAGAGUCCACUGAGAAACAGGACAAGGAGCAUCCUCGCCUGCUCAUCCCUGAGUUAUGCAGACUCUUCUACCAGCUGGGCUGGGUGACGGGGACAGGCGGAGGGAUCAGCCUCAGGCGAGGAGACCAGAUCUACAUCGCACCUUCAGGCGUCCAGAAAGAGAGAAUCCAGCCAGACGACAUGUUUGUGUGUGACGUGGAGGAGAGGGACAUCAGCUGUCCCCCUGCGUGGAAGAAGCUGAAGAAGAGCCAGUGUACACCGCUUUUUAUGAAUGCUUACACCAUGAGAGGAGCACAAGCGGUUAUCCACACCCACUCAAAGGCUGCUGUCAUGGCAACGCUGCUGUAUCCUGGCAAAGAGUUCAGGAUUACGCACCAGGAGAUGAUCAAGGGAAUUUGUAAAGGCACCUCCGGCACCAACUAUAGGUAUCAUGACACGUUGGUGGUGCCGAUCAUUGAGAACACGCCAGAGGAGCGGGACCUGAAAGACAGGAUGGCCCGGGCCAUGGAGGAGUACCCAGACUCAUGUGCGGUCCUGGUCCGUCGACAUGGGGUCUACGUGUGGGGUGCAUCGUGGGAAAAAGCCAAGACCAUGUGUGAAUGCUACGACUACCUGUUUGACAUCGCCGUCCAGAUGAAGCAGUGUGGCCUGGAUCCUGCAGCUCUCCCUGUGGAAGAGAAAGGAAUUGUUUGACAUUCACCUCCUCCUUUUUUUUUUUU